AUGGGAAUGUUAUGUGGAUCAUCAUCUAGUCAAUCUUCCAAGAAACCGAUUGAAAGGAAGAUUGUGAUAUUGGGGGAUGGUGCAUGUGGUAAGACCUCAUUACUGAAUGUUUUCACCAGAGGUUAUUUCCCCAAAGUCUAUGAACCAACAGUUUUUGAAAAUUACAUCCACGAUAUCUUUGUUGAUAAUAGACAUAUCACACUUUCACUCUGGGAUACAGCUGGACAAGAAGAAUUUGAUAGAUUACGAUCACUUUCUUACUCAGACACAGAUGUGAUAAUGCUUUGUUUCAGUUUGGACUCAAGAGACUCAUUGAUGAACGUACAGCACAAAUGGGUGGGAGAAAUUGCAGAUCAUUGUGAAGGCGUUAAAUUAGUUUUAGUGGCAUUAAAAUGUGAUUUGCGUCGAGCAGAACCCGAAAACACUGCGAUUACACCAAAUUUAAUUCACCAACAGCGAACUGAGCAAUCCAGAUCAGAUUUGGAACAAAAUAUUAGUGGAAUUAACUCGACUCAAAAUGGCGAUGUAAUUAGUUAUGAAGAGGGAGUUGCCAUGGCUAAAAAAAUUGGUGCAUUGAGGUAUUUGGAAUGCAGUGCGAAAUUCAACAAGGGAGUUAAUGAAGCAUUCACAGAGGCAACAAGAGUUGUUAUGAAUAGCGAACCAAGGAAUAAAGAAACCAGAGAACAAGAAGAAAGCAGCGGCUCACGUUGCACAAUUAUGUAA